CUACCUUUGCUUCAAGUUCCCCAGUCUCUUCCAGACCCACACCAUCACCAGAUCCAACAUGAAGUUUCUAGCUCUAGCUCUAGCCUUUCUGUUGGCUGCAGGUUGCCAAACUAAAUCGGUGCAGGCUGACGCUCCAAGUCAGUAUGAGCACAUCAGAGCUGGGGUGGUAACCUACCUCAACCAGGCUAAAGAUACAGCGCAAAAGGCUAUCGCCCAACUUGAUGAUGACAAGUUCAAGGAUUACAAGGCACGCCUCACUCAUGGCCUGGAGGCCAUUGAGGCCUUGAUCAACUCUGCCGCUGAGAGCCUUGCCCCAAUCCGUGGGGGAAUUGGACCCCAGAUAGUCGAUCUCUUCUCUGCCUCGCGUCAGAAGGCUGCCGAAGACCUGGAGCAACUGCGCAAAGAGCUGGAGCCGAAAUGGGCAGAGCUGCGUGAGGUUGUGAAAAAGCAUCUCGAAGAGUACCGUACAUUGACGGAGCCUGCACUAAAGGAGUACUCUGAGAAGAAUCACCAGGUAGUGGAGGAGUUUAAAACCAAGUUUGAGCCUGUCGUCAAAGAGCUGCAGGAGAAAUUCAAGGUCAAUGUGGAGGAGACCAAGUCCAAGCUGACCCCCAUUGUGGAAAGCAUUCGCAACCAUCUAACCAAGAUCCUUGAGGACCUGAAAACCACAUAUGGACCCCACAUCCAAGAGUAUAAAGAGCAGUAUGAGAAAAACAUUGAUGAGCUGCGAAAGAAGUAUGAAUCUGGCGAGCUGAUCGAGAAGGCAAAGAAGUUGGUUGAGGAACUCAGGCCACAGUUUUUGGGUAUCUAUCAUACCAUUGACAAGGCUUUAAAGGAAUAAACACUCUCAUUCCCCUUUUUUGCUCACAGCGCAGGUUUAUAUUUUAAUUGCCCUUUAUCCUGUUAUCAUCAGUUAUCCCAGGGUCUUUUCAAGACCUUUCCACAUUUCAUUCACCACAUGUGCUGAUGCAAGAUUUUUUUUUCUCCUCUUUAUGUAUUGCUAAAUGCCAUUCCUUUAGAUCAACUGUAGCGAGCAUAUGCUAAUGUAAAGGUUUCUGUGUAACAUUCAUAAAUGCUUUUGCUUUGCUAAAAGAAUGGCUCAAUAAAAUACAAACUGUUUCAUGUAA